AUCAGUUUAAAAAUACCAUUCAUUCAGAACGGAGGCUUAAAAGACGUACUUCUAAAAAAAUGCUGCUAAAAUAUAUUCCCUUGUUUUUGUUGGUACAGCUUUCAAUAGCAGCUGCCAAACCUCUGGAUCCAGAACUGUUGAAAUCUGAUGAUCCUGUGCAACAGGAGUUGGUGAGACAGGCCAAGGAGGAGACAGCCAAUCUUCUUAAUGCCCUGUUCCGAUCUCAAAUCGAUUAUUUCACCGAAGUCAAGACCCACCUCAAUCCGCAAACGAAGCGCUUCCAGGACAUUAAUAUAUAUAUUACACGUCUGAACCAAGCCAUUGCAGAAAAGGAGAUGGCAAAAAAGGAUCAAUUGUGGUUUAACAUUUUUGAAGAGUUCAAGGAGUCUCCAUUACUAUUGAACCGCGAAGCUGAGACAGGACUCAGCGACGGGGAGUAUAAACGCAUCCUUACUGGACAAAAACUGAAUGACAUAUCUACUAGGUUCAUAACGAAUGUGGCUGAUUAUUUUUGGAAAAUCGCCAAAAUCAGUGGCAAAGUCAUUGAUAAUGGCAUAUCGAUAGUCAACCAAUCAUAAAUCUCAAUAAACUAUCAAUAAAUUAA